AUGACGUUCUUGACUCGAAAAUAUAUCACAGGGGAGUAUCGACGGGUCACUUUCAAGACCAAGGAGUACCGUGUGAAAUUGGAAGAGAUCAUGAGUUCGAAACAACCUGUCACGUCUGGCAACCUGUUUUGGAAACGAGUGAUGCAAGAAGUGCACAACAAAAGCAUGCAGCAACUCAUGUACGAACAAAAGUACGCCUGGACGCAUGAACGGGAUGAACGACCCCAUGUCAGUGUGAAAAAGAACUGGUGGCCCACCAUGACCUGUAAAGAGGAUGCCCUGAUUUUGCAUGCUGUACCUGAAAAAGAGUUGCUGAACUUCAGCAAGACCAAGGCCUUGACAACGUUUUCCAUCAAUCUGGCUGUGGCUGAAAAGUUUGGGUUGAUCGAACCACCCCAAGGAGUGAAUGGGUACAAGUUGGGACCCAAUCUGCAGUUCACCCUCCCCUCUGUGACCUACGAUAACCAAACACCCCCCACCGAUCCAUCGAAUCGAACGGACAUGAACUGGAAUGGAGAGCAUUCUUCAGGAAUACAACCAACAGCCGUGACGAGGGGGGUGACGGAUCAAGUGUUUCAAGUGAAAAAUGACCAACUUCAUCUGUUCAGAAUGGUGGAAUGGCAGUUUAACAAUCUCAACGCCCCCUUUGAAAAAUUUUUGGGUACGAGUAAACGCACCGUUAUGGUCUAUUCGGAUGUGGUGGAGUCCACCGUGGUAGGGAGUGGCAUUUCCCCUGUUGCGCGAAGUGCAGUUAUUAAGAACAGGGGAUGGUCAAAGUACGGUGGACCCCCUGCACCACCUAUGGAUUAA